UCGCCAUCCACCAACCAAUACCACUCAAGACAUGGACAUCUUUCAACCAGAGUACUCUCAAGGUGACGAGGCGACGUCUCAAGCCCACGAUCAGUCUUGCCCGGUUGUCACGGACUCGUCACAGCUACAAGACGCUCAAGCUGGCCCUUCGGUUGGCAUUCUUCCAGAGGACUCUGUCAACGAUGCGGAUUCAGAGCCACCAUUGCGCGGCAAGGCGGCGACCCACGGACUAUCCAAUGAGGAGAAGAAGGAGAGACAGAAGCAGCAGAACCGUCGAGCAGCGGAGAGGAGUCGGAACAAGAAGAGGGAAGAGCUUACCGCUCUUGAGAUGACGGUCAACAAUAUUCAAGACGAGAACCAUCGUCUCAGGUCUAGGUUGUCCGCAUUGCUGGCAGCCAAAGUCCCAGAGCCCACGCAGCCUCCAGCUGAAGCCGACGCCGUCUCCAACGUUGUUUCUGGCCCUGUCAUUACCGCAACACUCGACUACGAGGGCCUUUCGAAGCUCCAAGCUGAGUUGGCGUCAGCCAAGGCAACAUUGUCAAGCAAGGAGGUCGAGCUGGGUCGUCUUCGUGGGGAGUUCAACGACCCUGGCCAAGCCGACGAUGCCCAACAUCAACUUUUGACACAUGCGGCAUCCUUGAAGACGUCACAAUCCGAGGUCGCUUCCCUGCAUUCGCUCAUCAACCACCUGCGCGCGGAUCGAGACUCGUUGGCGCGGCAACGCGAUGUCCUCUCUCACGAAAUUAGCGCACGAAGAGCCCUUCGCGACUUUGCGGCAGACUCUCCGAGUUCGACCUCCAGUCGAGCCAACGGAGUCGAACGCGCGCUGUUGGAGUUGCGUGGGGUAGUCGACGGGGUCGUGAAGACUUGGGAGCAGGUUAGCCUUUCUGCUCCAUGA